AUUUACGCUGCGUAAAGCCGUGGAUAUUUCCAAGCUGCAGGGGCUCUUAUCUCAAGCUCGAUAAUGCGCGUUGCCGCCACCGAGCUGCCCCUCCCCACCACCUCGCCGCCUCGCCGGCGCCGGCGAGCUCCGCCGCCGGUCGCCGCGCCACGGCACACGGAGGUGCUCUCCGCCAUACUGCGCCCGCGCGUCAUCGCGUGCCUCCGCGCGCAAGAUGGCGAGACGGCGAUGCAGGCGGCCCAUGCGGCCGUGCGCGGCGGCGUCACCGUGUUGGAGAUUGUGAUGUCAACCCCGAGAGCACUGGAGGUCGUUGAAGAUCUUUGCAGGAGUUAUCCUUCUUUAACAUUUGGGGUUGGUACAGUCCUAAAUGCUUCUGAUGCAAGGAAGGCCAUAGGGGCUGGUGCACAAUUUCUUAUGAGUCCUGGCACAGUCAUGGAAAUAGUUCAUGAUCUUAAAGAAAGUAAGGUUCUAUAUAUCCCAGGAGUGCUGACACCAACUGAGGUUUUAUCUGCUUGCAGUGCUGGUGCUAAAGUUGUUAAGGUGUACCCAGUUUCAGUGAUGGGUGGAGAAAUGUACAUGUCUGCUCUGAAGAAACCAUUUCCUCUUCUACCAAUGAUUGCUUCUCAAGGAAUCAAAAUAGGUUCAAUCAAGGGGUAUAUGGAAGCAGGGGCAUCCGCAGUGGUGUUAUCUGAUGCUAUUUUUGACAAAGAUUUGAUGAGGAGUGGGAAAUUCAGUGAAAUUUCAAAACUUGCAAGUCUAGCCACUUCGGAGGCAUUGCAAUCCACAAAGUGAGACAAAACUGACAAUCCUACAGGCAUCACAGAUUUGUGGUCCAGAAUAUGAGGCACAUAUACUAGUCUUAUGAUGCAAGGGUUGGCAUGGAUAAUUUCCGACAUCUUUGGGCAGUGCUCGAGUUGAGUACAUCUGGAGAAGCACGAUGAGGCCAAACACUGCCAACUACAACUUAAGUCAGAGAUGCCGCUCUUCUGCGGAAAAAGCCAUUUCAUCUUCCAGAUACAGCUCUAGAAGUACUAGUACUGUGCACUUUUAAGACUGCACCAAAUUUAUGUGCUCCGAACAAGGAUGUUCAUAGCUAGUCCAGCUGAUCACAAGUAUGAAGCAGCUGUUGUGAUGCCUAGAAGCCAACUACACAUCCAGCUGCAGUGGAAUCAUCACAAUUCGCAAGAGAACAGAGGCGAAUGAAAGGGAGAUUUCAGGGUUUCCUGUGCUUUGACUAGCCUCGUAGAUGUAUUGCAGGAGGGUAGCAAUGCAUCUCUGAAGAUAUUAUCGGCAUGGGAACCGAGAUGAUCGAUGUGUACCGGUGCUCUUUGUGUCAUCCGGAAAUUUUGUUCAUUGUUAAGCUUACUUCUAGGUACUAGUUACCCUCGUGCAAAUGACGAUCACAGGUAGAACAUGAUGAACAGUUUAUCAUUUUACUAUGUAAUUAUAGAGAUCCAAACAGUAACUUUGAGCCUGUUGAAAAUGAGAUCUGAAUGAGAGUACCAACAUGAUAUA